UUCCCAAUAUCAGGAGAUUUAGGCACAGGCAAAGGAGGGGGACUGGGUGAGGAUUAUCUCUGAAAAUGAAUGCUCAAGCUGGAUGGGGCAGGGAGAAAAUCCUGGCCCCUUAUCUGCUCCAUCAUCUCUCACCACUUCUUUUGGGGAGGUCAUCUUGUCAUCCCUCUGCCUCUAGAACCCCUUUCAACAUCCCCCAAGCAGAGUUGCACACCAUCAUGGAGACCCCUCUUGAGAAGGCCCUGACCACUAUGGUCACCACUUUCCACAAAUAUUCAGGGAGAGAGGGCAGCAAACUGACCCUGAGUAGGCGGGAACUAAAGGAGCUGAUCAAGAAGGAGCUGUGUCUUGGUGAGAAGAUGCAGGAGAGCAGCAUUGAUGACCUGAUGAAGAGCCUUGACAAAAACAGCGACCAGGAGAUCGACUUUAAGGAGUACGCGGUGUUCCUGACCACACUGUGCAUGGCCUAUAAUGACUUCUUCCUGGAGGACCGCAAAUGAGCGGCUCAGCCCCCGCCCGGCCCCCGCAGCUCCUCUCACAGGCGCUCUGUCGCCCUGUGCCCCCUCUCCCUCCCCAGGCACCCGCGUCAGCUUUCCUGUCCAGCGGAGGAAAUAAAGAUUUUCCAU